CAGAAUGGUGCUGCAGGGAAUGGUGCGGGGCAUGGGCAAGGAGCCGGAAGGGCCGGAAGAGUUGGCAAGCAACCACAUGGGGCUGGUGGUGGUGGGCAGCCACAUCCUCCGAAGAGCUGGGCGUUGGACCCUUGAAUUACCAAAAGUACAGCAGCACAAGCGACUUUGAGU